GAGGCGGCUUACGCGCUGUGUAUACCGCGGUUUCACUCCCCGGGUUUAAAACGCAAUACCAAAGCAGUUAGGCAAAACGUUCGGCACGCGCACCAUGUGUAUUGCGUCGCGCAAGGGACGGUCGCCAGCAGUCGUCGUCGGAUCAGCGUCGUACUCGCACACGCGUUUUCCGCGAUCGCUGUAAUAAAAAUAUUUUCACCGUCGAUUUUUUAUUAUUCGUCGUCGGCGUCGUCGUGAUUAUUACGUAUUAUUAUUAUUAUUAUUAAUAUUAUUAUUAUCAUUAUUAAUAUUGUUGACGAAGGUUUUAUAAUAUUUAUUCCGACAACUUUUCGACUUCUGAAGACACGAUUACACACCACCACUGGACCGAAGAAAACGGUAAUCUCACAUCUAGUAUCGUUUCCGCUAAUCUUUCACGUCCGAUGUGCACGGACUUCACCGGAGCACACCGCCGACGACGUAGCCGCCGCCGUCGCCGUACCCGAGAUGCUUCUCCGAAUGUGGCUACUCGUCCGCGUCCCACCGGCGACGAUGGCACGCACGGGUCUUUGAUCAGCUCGGUUCCGCAGCCACGACGGUUGUCACACUAAAAACAUUGAAACAGCACACCGUCGCGUUAGCCAUGCACCAAGAACAGUUCGUGUACUCGACGACCGUGGACGUCCAACAGUACGUCGGUCCGUACAGAUUGGAGAAGACACUGGGCAAAGGACAAACAGGAUUAGUGAAGCUCGGCAUUCAUUGCGUUACCGGAAAAAAUGUAGCAAUAAAAAUAAUUAACCGCGAGAAGCUGAGCGAGUCGGUGUUAUUAAAGGUGGAAAGAGAGAUUGCAAUAAUGAAACUCAUUGACCACCCACACGUGUUGGGCUUGUCAGACGUCUACGAAAACAAACGAUACUUAUACUUGAUACUAGAACACGUGUCCGGUGGCGAACUGUUUGACUACUUGGUUAAAAAAGGGAGGCUGACGCCCAAAGAAGCUAGAAGAUUUUUUCGACAAAUCAUCUCUGCGUUGGACUUUUGUCACAGUCAUUUAAUAUGUCACAGGGAUUUGAAACCAGAAAACUUGUUGUUGGACGAAAAGACCAACAUCAAAAUCGCCGACUUCGGUAUGGCGUCCUUGCAGCCCAACGGCAGCAUGCUCGAGACCAGUUGUGGUUCUCCACACUACGCGUGUCCUGAAGUCAUCCGAGGCGAGAAAUAUGACGGUCGAAAAGCGGACGUUUGGUCGUGUGGUGUAAUAUUGUACGCACUGUUGGUCGGCGCACUGCCAUUCGACGACGACAAUUUGCGCCAACUGUUAGAGAAGGUGAAAAAGGGCGUUUUCCACAUACCGCAUUUCGUACCACCGGAUUGUCAAAACUUGCUCCGUGGUAUGAUUGAAGUCAACCCGGAAAAACGGUUAACUCUGAAAGAUAUAAACAAACACUCGUGGGUCAUCGCCGGAGGUAAAGGAGAAGUGCACUUAGGUAUGUCAAUGAUAGAUGUCAUACAAACCCACAUAAUUCCGUCCUCAAACGACUUAGACACCGACGUUCUUCAAGCCAUAUCGAGUUUAGGCUGUUUCAAAGACCGGGAAAAACUCAUCGCUGCUCUGCUGAGUGUGGAUCAUAAUACUGAAAAAGUGAUUUAUUUCCUAUUGCUCGAGCGCAAAAAACGACGACCAGCUAACGAGGACGACACGGUUGCAGUAAAAAAUACCAAAAACAGCUUCGAUCCGCCGAAAAAGCGAGUUGAUACGUGUAAAAUGAUCGACGACAUUGAUAGUAAUUUUUCUCAAAUCAGUGCUGGAUCUCCUGCUACGCCGCGAAAACAAAUGUUACAAAAUCGCAUCUACUACAGGAGAGGAAGUUACAACAAUGUAAGUUCUACGGGCGGCAACAUGUGCAGUGGUUCAAGUUUAGCCAGUUCCUCGACCUUAGCUGGAAUAUUGUCACCCCUUCCUCAAAGGUCAAAUAACUCAAACUAUCGUUACCACAAUCACCACAAGAGCCAGCAGUCGAAGAACCCAUCGAUUUCCCAGCACGGCAAUUACAUUUCUGCGCACAACCAGACGUUGGACACGAACAGCUCGUGCUCGGCACCCGUGCCUCCGUCGCCCGUGCACCACGCUAAGCAGGCAAAAGUCGAAGUACCUUCGUCACCAAACCACAUGGUCAUCUGCACGCCUCCGGGAUCGCCUCAACACCUGUCCAACCAUUGGAAAUCGAGGCUUACGUCGAUCCGAAACAGUGUACUGGGGUCUCCAAAAUUCCACAGACGUAAACCUCAAAUUGACAUGGACACGCCAUAUAAACCGACACCGGAAUCUUCUCCGGAACUAACAAAAAAAUCGUGGUUCGGAAGUUUGAUGGCGUCUGAGAAAGACGAGACUUUCACUAUUUUGAUAACAGGAAAACCGUUAUCCACCGUAAAGGCUGACUUAAUCCACGCUCUGCUUUCGAUUUCCGAGUUGAGCCACACCGUAAUUAAUGCGCUGUCGUUCCGGGUCGAAUACAGACGCGGAUCCGGCGGCACGGCGAUGUUCCAGAGACAAGUGCGUUUCCAAAUUGAUCUGUCGGACGUCACGAACUCGCAUGGUACUGCUCCCAGGGACUAUCUGUUCGCCAUCAUAUUCACGCUGCACUCCGGUAAUAUAAGACGUUUCCGGAGGGUCUGCGAACACAUUCAGACGCAGAUGUGCGCGAGGAAAGCGCCGUCUUCGCCCCGGGCCACCAGAAAGUUUAACACGGAUUUGUCGGAAAGCUCGAGUUGCGGAUCAGACACGUCCGAGAGAUUAUCGCCAUACGUAAAUAUAAGAAACGUCGAAUCGGACAGAGACGACAAGAAUAAGAGACUGAUUAGCCAUCAGGACGGCAAGGGCGGUUACUGUAUCCCAAACAGCCGGCAGAGGAGACGGAGUUCGAGUCUGGCCAACAACAACAACUUCAACGGCAGCAACAACAAUUCCGUGGCGAACGCCGGUGCGGCGGGCGCCAACGGCCGCAACGAAGCGCCGCCGCCGACGAGAUCCAACAGCGAAACGAAACCGGCCGACGGCGCUUACAUAUCGGUGUCCGGAUCGAUGUCUUGAUUGCCGACGAACAUGAAAUAAUAUUAUAUGAAAGUAUUCCUGUGGUUUUUUUUGUUUUUUUGGGGGGGGGGGGUCGAUGUCCGUGUCGUAUAUUAUUAUAAUCAAAGGUGGCGCGUUAACUAGUUAAAAAGUUUAAGUUGAGAUAAUAUAUAAAUGUAACAUUUUUCGACACUUUUAACUUUAUAACUAGUUCGGUUGACUGUUGAAAUGACUUAGAUUGGUUCGUUUGAUUUAAAAUAAUCCGUUAAGUUAAAAUUGAAAAUAUUUUUGAGAUUUUUUUUUUUUCGUUUUAAAUGGUUCCAUACAUUAAUUACUAUAUACAUAUAUAUAUAUAUAUAUACAGAAGAUUUUAAAAAGAGUAAAUUAAAACUAUAAUAAUAAUAAUAUUCAAAUUUCUAUUGUUUCUUGAUAAUAUAAUUUUGUAAAUACAAAUGAAACAUUUCUCUUGACUUUUUUUAAACUGAACUAAGUCUGUCUGGUAUGUGUUGCGAUAUUAAUUUUAAACUCGACGAGUUAAAUGUAUUAUUUAUUACCCUAAUCUAACCCUUUGAUUAUAACCUAUAUAGGGCAACAUUUUACCGUGUUACUGUAAAAUAUUAUUAUUAUUGUAUAGUCGAUAUGUUGAUGUGAUAAUAAUAUCAUAAUAUUAUUAUUAUUAUUAUUAUUAUUAUUGCAUAAAUGUGUGUAUAAAUCCAAAUGCCAUUUGACUUUAAUUCAAUAUUAUUAUGUAUUUAUAUUAGGACGUGUUAGGUAUAAUAUUAUUAACAUUAUGUUUUUGAAUUGAUCGUUUAUUAUUUACGCUUCGUGCACGAGCAACAGCAACGCAUAAUUAUUAUCAUUAUUAUUAUAUGAUAUUAUAUUGUUUUCGUAGAUAGUUGUUUUAGAUUCUGAGCGGGAUAAUGCUUAUUAUUGCUGUAUAUUAUUAUUAUUAUUAUUAUUAUUAUUACUAUUAUUACUUUGUAUGGUUAUUGUAUUUAUUACGGCAAUGAUUUAUUAUUGUGAUAAAUGUUGUGUUUUUAUUUUUGUAUUUGUUUGGGUAAUAUGCGCUUAACUAUUUUUGUGGGAGCGGGAGCGUGACAUAUAUAUACUAGCGAGUUAUAUUACGAGCGUUUUGGAAAAUACUUCAUGUUAACUACGUGCGCGCCACGUGUGUCUGUCCUUGUACAGAUCAUACUUCAAUGUAUGAAAAUUCGAGUUUUUCGGCUAUACUUAUAUAUUAUAUAGUAUUUAACAUAAAUAUUAUGUACAUUAUGAUAAUGUCAAACAAGAUUUUGCUAUUUAUUUUUUCGAACAUAAAUCAAAAAAAAAAAAAAAAAAAAAAUCCACCGACUCCGCUCAGUAUCGUUUUACUUAUUGAUUUGUUUAUUUUUUUGAAUUCGAUAAUGAUAUUUUGUUUUAUAAAUUAUUAAAUUUAAUAGUCCACUUAUCUUGAUAGCGCACCCAAAACUAUGCUUGCUUUGAAUGAGGAGGAUAUGCGCUAUGUACUUUCUCGUGAUGUCAAUCAAUGUUCCAAAAUGUGUAUAAGGAAAUGUUCAAAACGUUAAAUUCGGUGAGAGCGCGUAAAUUUCUAGUCGAUAAAAUUAUUAAAAUAUAUAUUUUAUAAUACGAUCGGAAACUAAAAAAUUAUUUGUUGUUUUAUUGCAGUAGGUAUAUACUUACCGCAAUCAUAGCAUAUAUUCGUUUUUAGAAAAAGUAUUGUAAAACGGUCUGUGUAAAAUAAAUUUACGUACCUAUUUGAAAUAUUCGCUAGAAUAUAGUAUAAUAUUAUCGUAUAUCAUCUAUUAAUAUAUAUAUUUAUAAUAUUUUAUUAUAAUAUUUAACAAUAAAAUAUAUAUUACAUAUAAAGGCAUAACCUCCUUCAUAAUGUUAAAUUGUAUCUGCUUUCUGAAAUCCUUCGUUAUAGUAUAUACACCUAUUUUAUCAUCAUCGUCAUUGUCAUUAUUAUUAUUAUUAUUAACAUUUUAGCUUUAGCUGUGGCCUGUGGACUGCUUACAUGCAAAUUUUCAACAUGUAUAAUAUCAAUGUACUAUUUAUACAUUAUAUAUUUUGAACAUAAAUACAAUUUAAUAUAAUAUAGGUAGGUACAUUGAGAAAUGAUUAUAUAUACGCAUAAUGCAUAUGUUACGAACGCUUUAUAACGACUUUUAAAAAUGUCUCAUCGAUUUCUGAAAUGUAUUUGUUUAUGUUUAUAAUCUUAUUAAUUAUCUCUUCGUCACUUGUAUUAAUCAUUUUUUUUUUUUUUGUUCUCUUUAGCGAGGUACACAAGACAAUUAGGUGUUAUAUUAUAGUUAACGAUUAUGUACCAUAAAAUAUGCAUUUCGAAAAUGUAUAAAAUUACACUAUUUUUUUUUCACUAUGUGAUUUUCCAUCAAAAUAUUUUGUAUGUUUGUUUACAAAAAAAAAAAAAAUGUAUAUUAACGACAAUGAUAUUUUCAAAUUUUUGUUGAACGCUUAUGCCAACAUAAAUAUAACAAGUUUUUUAGCAAGCCAAGUCCAUACGACCGAAUUUGAGAUAAAAAUUUUUUUUUAAUGUUUCAGAGUGCCUUAAGAGUGUUAAUUAACAGUAAUAUACAUACUAUAUAGUUCGAACGACAUCUUUUAAAGCUAAAACUUAUUAUUAUAUAAUAAUAUAAUAUAGUGCAUAGAAAUCAAUUUUCUAGCACAGACUGGAAUCCCUGUUUUUAUGUUAAUUUUGUCAGUUACCUAUAAUAAUUAAUAAUGUGUAACAUUCGGCCGACGUCCAUUUUAGUUUUAAACUAUUCGUGUAUUAUGUAUUACAGAAUAAGGUACUAUAAAAUAUAAUAAUAUGAUGUUUAUUAUGCCAAUAUGGCAAUAUGGUUGUAAUGAAACUACAAAUGUCAAAUACAUAUUAUACUUGUUAAUAAAAAAAAAAAAA